CAGAGGAGGUGUACCCCAGCUGGACGGCGGGCCCGCACCGCCGCGCUUUACACGGGAAGCAGCCUGAGCCCGGCGCCGACAGCCGUGUUGUGUGGCCGCCCCAGCGUGGCAGCGUUACGGCGCUCGGGGGCCGGUGCUGGGUGGCCAUGGCGGAGCGGCGCAGCGGCGCGGAGCACGGCCUGUCCCGCCUCUCCGAGUGGGCCGACGCGCACCUCGGCCUCCUGCGGGGCCUGAGCGCCGGGAUGGCGGUGGCCGGGGUGCUGGUGCUGGCCCGCAGCCUGCGUGUGACAACAAAGUUUACAAGAGCUUUGGAUAUACCUAAGGAGUUUGUAGAGAAGAAUGUGAAAUUGCGAGGGAAGCUACAUCACAUCACUGAGGAAGGGCUGGAAGUUGAACACAUUCCCAUCAGUGUUCCUUUCCUUACAUCAUUCCAGAGAAAAUGGCAAUCAAAAGGUCUUCUGCGGGUGAGGCUUGCGGGUGUGGAGCUGGCUCCAAGCGGCAUGGCCUGGCUGCAGCGAGAGCUGAAACCCAACCAAAUGAUAUGGUUCCAGCUUCUGGGAAGGGAGGACAUGGCACUCGAGUGCCUCGUUUUGGUAAAUAAGGGUCGAUUUCUCAGUGUGUGCAUAAACGAAGAAAUCUUGAGACAAGGGCUUGGCCGAACGGUCCAUAUUGAGGGGCUGCAUCACGAGUCCCACCUGUACUGGAAACUCCACAAAAGACUCCUCCGAGCAGAAUUCAAGGCCUUGAAGAAAAGAAAAGGGAUAUGGAAAGCAGAAAGUUACUCUGAAAGAAUUCAAGAUAGGAUAAGUAGCAAUAAAUUUGUACAGACAUUGAAACGGUUUGCAAGCUGGUUAAGAAGCUCUGUUUAACGGGAAAAAGGGAGCCUUGCCUGGAAGGAUGCCAGUUACCUAUGGUAUCUGUUUUAUGUAAAGGAGAAAUUAAUGCUAAGAAAACAGUGCCAUAAGUUUGAAGGUCGCUAUCUUGAACAGAAACCACAUGAAGUGUCCUAAUGCCAUGUUAUAAUCCAUGUAGGAUUGAUCUUUAAUAGUAGUAUGCAGCCACAAAUUAAAGUCUUCUGAAGCUAAGCUUCUCCACAGUAAUGCCCUGAACUGCUUGUCUGGUUUUCCACCUGCUGUGUGCUGGCACAGCUGUGGUAACCAAUUGAGGAAAGCAGCUGGCACCCAGUUUUUAAGAGGUGCAGAGUGUUGGUUCACAGUGUUUGGCCUUGAAUGCAUCUCACAUAUCAGUGCAGCCCACACUGGUUCAAAAAUGCCAUUUCAGACCUUUACAAAGCUGGUGGUAUGUGUUCACACGACAGGUUGAAUUCUGUUCUUGCACUACUUCUUGUAUGAUUUAUGGUUUAAAAAUCUGUCAUCUUCAAUAAUGGGUAAUUUGUUAACAGCUGACCUUAAAAAGGUGUUAAGGUGAUAACCACUAAACUUCAUUGGGAAAAAUCCCCUUGGUAUAUCAAAGAGUAUAAAUUAAUGUGUCAGCAGUCUUACUUUUUGUAAGACAACAUUUGCUUGAAGAGGCAAAAUUUAAGCUGUUUUUUCUGCUGUAAAUAUCUGGUAACAGGAAGAUUGAUGAGGUGGACUGUGCUGUGCUAAGAGCUUAAAUGCUUGUUUGUAUGUUUGAAACACGUGUUAAGUGUCUGGAGGUGUCUUACUGUUUGUUUUGUAAAUAUUUUCAGA